AAAAAAAAAGGUAUAAAUCUAGAUAAAAUCCUUCUGGUUCUAAUGGACAAUCAUAGUAGAUACCAGGUAAAUUCGACUGAUUCUGGCAUGUGGGGUAACUCUGUGAACUAAAGGAUGGGUUUUAUUGUCAUAAAGUCAAUGUUAUUCAGAGGUACUACUACAUAUAUAUAGAAUGGAGCUAAGUAUUUACUUCUAUGUGCACCAUCUACUCGCCGAGUGACGAGAUAAACAAACAGAAAAGGAACCUAGAUAGAUAGUUGUAAUAAUUAUAAAAUGUCUUCCUUGUUCUAACUCCUUCCACACAGCUUCUCCCAUGCUCUCCGGCUUUCUGCAUCCAGCCAUUAUUAUUAUUGAUUUGGUACAAUCAUUCUUCCUUCUCAAAUAAGACUAAGUUGAAAUAAUAAGGUCUCAUAUAGUAAGUUACUUUUCACUUCAUUUUGAUGUCGAGAUCUCCUGAUAUUCUACGGCUCUUUCCCUUGCUAUGACACCUUCUGAGUCCUUUCGCCUCCAAUAUUUCCUUUACGUUAAGGAUUAUAGUCAUGUUCAUAUACCUGGUACCGAAGGCUAUCCUUAAGAUACCCGGCUGGUCAGGGAAUAUCCAUAAAGCUAAUUGUUAUUUUUGGGGCUGGAUAUUAAUUUAUUUAUUUGAACUCUUUAAAGGCUAAUAUUGAUAGCAUUCAUCAUGCUACCUUCUAUUGAUCCGCCUCAAGGAAAGAUGAAGCCAGAAUCUAAGUACAGCCUCGUGGAACAAGUGGAAACUCCCUGUGGAAAUCUCCUGGUCACUGGCGGGUCAGAGGAGUAUAGCGCGGAGUAUCCUCCUAAGAUUGCAACAUUUUACUACCUGGGUGAGUUAAAUGAUGAGAUGAAGCCAAUAUACUCCCAAGGUAAUGGUAGAUCAUUUACCAUCAGAGGGAACGUCUAUCAUAUCUUCGGUAAAACCAUAUGGAAAGACGCAAAAGGAGAAGUAGUGGGCGAAGCCGCAAAUUCACUAGCAUUGGUCUCUGAUCCAGAAGUGAACCCCAUAGCGAACGUUGCUAUGCCGAUUAGCAGGGGUAUGGUGCCUUUCCUGCCUCUCACAAAAAACGAAGAAGAGCUUGAGAAAGGUCAUAACCACAAAGUCGUACUGGAAAUGCCUGGUGGUUUCUGCAAGCCUGAACCUGAUGCAAUUGGAGGCUAUAUCUGGUUCCAGAAAUACAUACAGACCCGUUCAACCGAGGGUAUCGUUGAGACCGCGUUUCAAGGAGUUAGCCUGGCCAUCGCGGUAAGGAACAGACAUACAGAGGAAGUUAGGGCCGAACGGAUCAUGCACGAUGAGCUGCUCUUCACCGAUAGCGAACCAGCGUUUGGUUCAUUCUGCUCAGUUCUUGAGAGUUAUUAUUUCUAUGUCUGGGGAAAGCUUGGUGAGGAUAUCUAUUUGGCCAGGGUUGAAAAAUACGAGCCACAAAAUCGCAGCGCAUAUGAAUUCUGGGAUGGGUAUAAUUUCACACAGGAUAUUUCGACUGCUGUGCCUGUGUUUAGCGGCUACUCAUCUGGGACAAUCAUGCGUUCAAACAUAUUUGGUCAUCUUUAUAACUGGAUGUUCAUAGGAGGAACCGAAUCAAACAUGCCAGUGGUGACCAUCGGUGUGGCGCAUGAUAUCCAAGGCCCGUAUAUAAUGCAUAGCCUGAUCAAGCCAGAGCAUGUACACCCAAUGCUUCGACAGGUGCACUCUGUGUAUGCACAUCAUUGGGCGUAUACCGAAAGAGAUGGUCAGCUCCUGAUAACUUGGAACGAGAGUAAGACCGGUAACAUUAUUGGAACAAAACUCCAGUUUUCAAUGUGUAAGUUAUCUGCUUUACCACGGUAGUAGUCUAUAAGCUAACAUCCAUCCAAGCUCACGGAGGAGCAUAUUGGAAGGAUAUCUCGUUCAUUUACAUGCCAUGUAAGUGAACCAUCACCAUGUUUUCAAAAAUUGCCAUAUAUUGCUGACAGUCCUCCAGCUGCAAUAUCUUCCAUGAUCAUGGACGGGAAAGAGCUGAUCAUAUCGUUUGCUCGGGCAAAGAAAGCUGCCUGUAAGUGUUCAACUAAUGAUUCUGAGUGCUUUAAUCAGAGAGGGUUAACGAGUUGCAAAAUUAGGCAGAAUCGAUUAUGAUAUGGACGGCGAGACUAUCAUCAGGGUUUUUGCAGGGGACAUGGAAUCAGUGAACGCAGCCGUAGACUCCAUUUGCAAUCUUAUCCGCCGCUGGUGUGAUGAAUUUCUCGAAGAGGGCAAGGCAGCAAAAGCCGGCAGCUCAUUGAAGGGGAUGCUGAGAUGGCCCUUUGGUAUCUUCACAUCAUUGUCACUCCAAUCAGACUAACCACCUAUCACCCCAUCUCUUCUUCCUGUCGUAGAAGUAGAAAUAUACAAAGAACACCCUGUCAUGUCAUGUCGUCUAAUGCCGAAAUGGCCUCGGCGUUCUGCG